AACUGUGAAGUUGGACGCUUGAGCCUGACGGCUACACGCCACAAAGAAUAAGAAGGGACAGUAAUAUAAAUAAUGCCCUCUGUGAUGCUGAUGCCAUUGUAGCCCUCAGAAGAAGACCUCAACAAACAUUGGCCUUGGCUAUGCCUCGGGUAAUGAAGAUUGUUUCGGUCUUCACUGUUGGCUAAGGAGCAGAGAGAGAUUUUCAGAGCACUUCAACUCAAAUAUUAACAUCACUGGAGGUGCCUAUUCAAUUUGAAUUCAAGUUAUAUUAACUUUGAAAGAAGGCACACACAGGGCAAGGCAAGAACAAAAGUCUGUCCAUAAAUGGAUGCUGAACAAGCAGAGUCGGCCGGCGGUGACGACGUUGCCGCCGAGCUGGAGAAACAGCGCAAAGCCAUGGAGGACGACUUCGGAAAACGAAGGGCCAAGUUCAAGGAGAUGUUUCUGCAAAAGGAAGAGGAGCUGAAGCGCGAGCAGCAGCGGGUGACCGAGCUGCAGAGUCUGCUGGACGACUCGCGCACCCAGCUGGCCGUGGCCGAGGUCACCUUCGAGAACCAGCUGGACGUGGAGCGCAGGAAGCACGCCGAGGAGAUCGCCUCCAUCCAGCACCUGGAGAAAGAGCAGGCCAGCUCGUCUCUGGAGGACCACGCGGCGCGCUACCAGACCGAGAUCCGCCAGCUGCGGGCCCAGCUGCGCGCCCUCCAGCAGCAGCAGCAGCAGCAGUCGGCCGAGGAGCCGGCCAGCUUCGGGCCGCACGUGCUGACGGCCGUCACCAAGCAGCUGGCCAAGAAGAUCACGCUGGGCGGCGCGGUGACGUCGGCGAGCGGGGGCGGCGCGCCUGCCUCGCCGCACGGCAGCCAGGACAACCUCGACCAGAGCAUGAAACGGGCUCAGGAGGACACGGAGAUGAUGCGCUCGCUAGUGAUCCCGCUGGAGGAGGAGAUUCAGGCGCUGAAGCAGAAGCUGCGAGCCACCGACGCCCAGCUGCAGGUGCAGCUGACAGCCCGCCAGCAGCUGCUGCGCGCCGACCAGCUGCUGGGACAGCUGCGACAGGCCGGCCAGCUGCCCGAGCUGGCCGAGCAGCUGCGCGCCCAGCUGCCGGAGGAGGCCGACGGACCGCCGCCGGCUGAGCUGGUGCCGCACAUGCUGCUGUACAUCUCCGUUCUUGAGUCGCAGAACCUGGCCGUGGGCGAGGACCUCAAAUACGCCAAACAGGUGCAGUCCGACCUGCGGUCCCAGCUGGAGCGGGAGCGUCAGGCCGGUCGCCAGGCCGCCGAGCAGCUGGAGGAGACGCAGCGCCAGCGGCCGCGGCGUGCCGACGGAUCGGCGCCGUCCGUAUCACCGAGCGCCAGCCAGCGCAGCCUGGACCCCGACCGGGCGCAGGCGGACCCGGAGCCGGUCGGCCGGCCGGGCAGCUCGCUGUCGCUGGACGCCCUGGCCGCCGACUCCGGCUCGGUGAGCAGCCUGCGGCUGGCGGCGGACGCGGCGGCCGGCCGCGGCGGCUGCGAGCGCUGCGCCAGCUCCGAGUCGCAGCUGCAGCAGCUGCAGGCCGAGCUGAAGGCCGCCGAGAAGCGGCGCUCCGAGCUCAGCCGCGCCCUGGAGCGCCACCAGCAGGACCUGAGCCGAGAGGGCCGCUACCGCAAACAGACCGAGCAGCAGUGGCAGACGCUGGCCGAACAGAGCCAGAAACAGAUCGGUGAGCUGCACAAGACUGUGGAGGCCGGGGAGAAGCGCUACCACGAGCUGGAGCAGCGGUACCGGCGCUUUGUCUCCGAGAUACAGGACAAGCUGCGGAGACUGACCGCCGACCGGCACCUGGUCCAGCAGGAGCUCAACAGGUUACAAUCGGAGAACGACACCCUAAUGGGCAAGUAUAGCGCCUGCUCCGGGGAGUUGCAGAACGAGUUCAUCAACCUGCCCGACCGGGUCGAGGACCUUCACGAGAUGCUGCUCAAGUACAAGGAGGACCUGAUUUCGGCCAAGAUCGCGCGUGAGCACGUCGAGGAGACGCUGCGGAACCAGCUGGCCUUUAUGAAGAACGAGCAGGAGGCGCUACAACACGAGAAGGACGCCAUCAACGACGAGCUGGUGGCAGAGGUCAACAAACUCCGUGAGGAGGUGCUGCUCAUGGAGAGCGUCAGCACGGAGCUGCGCGCCGAACAGUCGCGCCGCCAGGAGGCCGACGGCCAGCUGAGCGCACUGCGCGACCAGCUCAGUCAGCAGACGGCCAAAAACAAACAGAUGGUGGCCGCCCUGCAGACCCAGCUCCAGGAGCAGGGCACCGCCAAGUCGUCGCUGCAAGAGGAGGUGUCGCGGCUCAAGACCAAGGUGGCCACGCUGCAGCUAGACCUGGACAACUCUGAGGCUGUCCAGCGCGACUUCGUCAAGCUGUCCCAGUCCCUUCAGAUGGAGCUGGAGCGGAUCAGACAGUCGGACACGGAGGUUCGCUGGCAGCAUGAGGAUGACGUGGAUGCCUGCAGUCGCUGUCACGUCGCCUUCUCCCUCAGCAAACGCAAGCACCACUGCCGGCACUGCGGUAAGAUCUACUGCGCCGACUGCGUGAACCGCACCGUGCCGAGCGGCCCGAGCGGCACCAUGGCGCGCGUCUGUGAGGUGUGCCACACGCUGCUCAACAGAGACUCGGCCCCCUACUUCAGCAGCGAGGCGCCGGCCGGAGCCGAAUGAACGACAGUCGAGCUCGCCAGCCACACUGCCAGGACUCAUUGUGCAGUAGACUCCGCCUGGCCGGGACGGACUGUGCAGUCUCACACCUGCUUCUGUCUGGGAUGAAAUGUACAGUCUGAGUGUCCUCUCAGACACCUGCUAGCCGAACCGAUUAAACCGGGACAAACCGCUGCAGUAGACACCUCCUGGCUAGAUCGACCGGGCCGGGACGACUGUACAGUCUCGCACAUGCCUGGCCGGGCCGGGGCGAUUGGCAAACUGUGCAGCAGGCACCCCUGGCCGGGCCGGCCGGCCCCGAUCGCUGGGUGAGUGAGCACAGCUGUUCAGGUCGUGUUCCGUGGCGCAGUGAGAUUGACUCGAUAUUCCUGCUGUCUUAUUGCCGGGAGAUUCCCCGCAGUCUCGGACGUGCCGCCCGAUCUGUGGGACGUGAUUUAUGUGACUCACGGGGACCGAGCAGCUUUAGUUAUAUGUUACCGCUGUGGGUCCUCGGAUAGUCAUCGUGAUGUACUAAUCGUUUGUGGGUAAACUGUCAGUGUUCAGGCGGGCUUUACCUUAUUCCGCCGGUUGUAUCGAGCUUUACAGCAGAUCGAGAAUGACUGAGCGAUGUGAUAUGGCCCGUGGAGUGCGCCGCGGGCCGAUCUUCAUUCCCGCGCCGCCGCCGAGUCCUUUGUCCCACUGCUAGUCCCUGGAUCGCAGCUAUCGGGCGCCGCGUGCUGCAGCGCCUGUAUACCGGGCAAACAGCGCAACAGGCGUAAUAUAUUUAUUCAGGGUGGUUCCGACACGCGUGCCGGAAUAAAUAUACAAACUGGA